AAGAGGUUGAGUUAGGACCCAGCAUGCCAACCCAGCAGAAGUGUUGUUCUUCAGUGAUAUUAGAUUAUUCUUGCGGUUUAAUCAAUUGAAGGUUCAUCACAGAAAUGGAGACGGAUAUUAUUGACUCACUGGAAGAUCUGGGGUAGGUUUAAACAAUUUUUCGAUGAGAAUAGUCUUUAUUUAGCCUAUUUGAUUUAUGUUUUAACUAGCUUGCUCAGCUGGUUAAUUUAGCUAACGUUAACGGUAGCUGAUACGUUGACUGCCUGUCAUCGGUCAACUGUCACAGCCAGAGACAGCUGAGUAGUAAACUAAGCUCUGCAGGGUCUUUCAUACAUUUUUGUGGCAUCUAGCUGGCUAUACGGCCUUAUGACUUCCUUUUCAUUAUAUUGUGAAUGUAAAAGUGACCUAUCCAUUUUGGCUGAAUCUACCUAUCAUGCCAACCGGUUGAUGUUCAUUCAGAGAGCAGGCACCGCCUCAGUGUUAUGAAUACACUGAAGCUGGAAACAAGAUAUGCCAGAAGGUCCCACUUAUCUCAUGACUGGUUGCUAUUCACAGUAAAAUCAGUUCAGUAGAGCUCGCCGGCUUGUAGUCGUAAAAACCGGAAAUGAAUUAGUUACCGCUGUUUCGUUCAGCCAUUCCUAUCGGGAAAAUCAAUGGGGAAAGAAUGGGGUUUUGGGAUAAACGCCGAAAGUAAGGUAUGAGAUUAACAUAGGUUUAGUAGAUCUUAUACGUUUUGUUCUAUGAGAUAAUAUCAGUCUGUUAACAUGACCUUUAUGAAUUAUAAAGCAUUUAUGUGCUUUAUGUGCUUUUUUACAAUUACUUAUGUGCUUCAAAAUUAACAAUGUGAGGUUAGCUGAUGAUGAUCUCAUAGAACAAAAUGUAUAAGAUUUCAUAAGCCUGUGUUUACCACAGAUCUUAUUUUUGGUAUUUAUCAAAAAAAUAUUAAUUUCCCCAUAGGCUUUGUCCAACGAACUAUGACAGAGAUAGUGCCUACAAAAAGACGCCAUUACUUGUCAAUUGAAGCAGUGCAUUUCCAUAGAAAAGGACCCAUGAGCACCAACAUGUGAAGCUCAUAUAAGCAUAUCAAAUGGGGGGUCAAAUGAAAGCUAAGAGUCUAUAUUUUUGGGAAAUGAAGGCAUAGAUACAUUUGUCAACCAUUUUUAAUCUGAAAAAUUAGGCAUAAGUAAAAUACUUUGAUUUCUUUUCUAAACAGAUGGAAAGGGGGUCUUAGAAAACAUCUACCAGAAAAAGUCUUAAAAGGUAUCAGAAAUACAUAAAAACACAAAAUUGUUGACGUAAAGACCCCUGCCAACUAAUAUCAACACUUAUAUUUAGUUUUGGAAAAAUGUUUUACCAUCUGUAAGUUUAAGAAAUAUUGUCUUGUGCCUUAUAAUUCCGUUACCAAAAACCCACAUAUCUUUAAGAUAUUUUCUAAUUUCUCUCCCUCAUGAGGAGGGAGGAUAAUGAAAGUUCACAGAAGUAACAAGUAAUGGUAGACCUAACAAUUAGUUAUAGUGAUUUUACUGAUAUCUAUUUUAAGUGAUUCAAACUCCUAAUUCCAUUACCAAAUUGGUAACAGAAUUACAAAAAAUCUGUAACUGAAUUACUGCAACUGAAUUGGCUACAAUUGGAAAUCAUAAUAGUUACAAACCACAGUUGGGUCAACUGCUACUGUCCUCCCUUCCACUGACAUACUGUUAUGUUCAGCUCAUAAGUUUUCUUUGUCUUUCUGUUGUCAGGUGCUCAAACCAAGAGUGUUAAAACAGUAUGUCUGAUCAACCUCUCCCUCUCUCUAUCCCUUUCUCUCUCUCUCUCUCUGCCUCUCUCUCUCACCAGUUAAUGUCACCUCUCCCAGCUCUUACUGACAGCUACCCAUAAGCCCCCUCUCGUUCGAUUUACUGUAACCAACAUCCUCACCCACUGACCGACCGACACCGGACAUACAUGGACGUUGACAAGUAGUUUAAAUUGGGUCAGUCCACCCUGGCCUUGAUUUUAACAUCCGCACUAGACCAAAUCUGAACCUAUCAUAGACGUAUGUUUCACAAGUUUGGAUAGCCCAGUACAGUACAGUGAGUAAAGCACAGUAGAGUAUAGUACAAUACAGUACAGUCCAAUACAGUACAGUAAAGAAAAGUAGAGUACAGUAUAUUGUACUGUACUGAACUAUACUCUACUGAACUGUACUCUUGUACUGUGUUCUGCUCUGUAACGCUGUGAUGUCCAAACUUGUGAAACAUGAGGAGAAUGACAUUCAUAUCCAUAAUUAUACAUUUAUGUGUAGUACAGAUCAGGGAACCAUGAUGUAAUUCCGUUACCGGGUGUAAAUCCACUUCACAUACUGUAGUUCAAUAACAAAAAUGGAUUUCUUCAAACUCAAGGUGCCAUGUCAUAGCCGACACCCCAUUCUUUCUGCAGACAUCUUUGAAUCUUAAUUCGGAGCAGAUAUUUAAGAGUUUUGGGGAAACGUGGUUGCAUAAAAACCUGAGGUAGAUUUUACUAUUACCCUGUUACCAAAGUUUGCAUUUAUUUACACAAUUCUUCCACUAAAUUAGUUUUUGUACUAUUUUCAGGGGAAAUUGUUAAAAGUAGUCUUUGUGCAUAGAGUUGUGUGGUUUGUUAAACUUUGAAAUCAACAGUUUUUUGUUUGGCAUACAUUUUUUAAGUGAAAAAAUGGAGUCAAAGAGUAAUUCUGUAACCGUGGAAUUGUCCAGCACGCACAGCUCCUUUUGUUAAGGACAUUUUUGGACUUACAGUGAGGGAAAAAAGUAUUUGAUCCCCUGCUGAUUUUGUACGUUUGCCCACUGAAAUGAUCAGUCUAUAAUUUUAGUGGUAGGUUUAUUUGAACAGUGAGAGACAGAAUAACAUCCAGAAAAACGCAUGUCAAAAAUGUUAUAAAUUGAUUUGCAUUUUAAUGAGGGAAAUAAGUAUUUGAUCCCCUCUCAAUCAGAAAGAUUUCUGGCUCCCAGGUGUCUUUUAUACAGGUAACGAGCUGAGAUUAGGAGCACACUCUUAAAGGGAGUGCUCCUAAUCUCAGUUUGUUACCUGUAUAAAAGACACCUGUCCACAGAAGCAAUCAAUCAAUCAGAUUCCAAACUCUCCACCAUGGCCAAGACCAAAGAGCUCUCCAAGGAUGUCAGGGACAAGAUUGUAGACCUACACAAGGCUGGAAUGGACUACAAGACCAUCGCCAAGCAGCUUGGUGAGAAGGUGACAACAGUUGGUGCGAUUAUUCGCAAAUGGAAGAAACACAAAAGAACUGUCAAUCUCUCUCGGCCUGGGGCUCCAAGCAAGAUCUCACCUCGUGGAGUUGAAAUAAUCAUGAGAACGGUGAGGAAUCAACCCAGAACUACACGGGAGGAUCUUGUCAAUGAUCUCAAGGCAGCUGGGACCAUAGUCACCAAGAAAACAAUUGGUAACACACUACGCCGUGAAGGACUGAAGUCCUGCAGCGCCCGCAAGGUCCCCCUGCUCAAGAAAGCACAUAUACAGGCCCUUCUGAAGUUUGCCUAUGAACAUCUGAAUGAUUCAGAGGAGAACUCGGUGAAAGUGUUGUGGUCAGAUGAGACCAAAAUCGAGACCAAAAUCGAGCUCUUUGGCAUCAACUCAACUCGCCGUGUUUGGAGGAGGAGGUAUGGUGCCUAUGACCCCAAGAACACCAUCCCCAUCGUCAAACAUGGAGGUGGAAACAUUAUGCUUUGGGGGUGUUUUUCUGCUAAGGGGACAGGACAACUUCACUGCAUCAAAGGGACGAUGGACGGCGCCAUGUACCGUCAAAUCCUGGGUGAGAACCUCCUUCCCUCAGCCAGGGCAUUGAAAAUGGGUCGUGGAUGGGUAUUCCAGCAUGACAAUGACCCAAAACACACGGCCAAGGCAACAAAGGAGUGGCUCAAGAAGAAGGACAUUAAGGUCCUGGAGUGGCCUAGCCAGUCUCCAGACCUUAAUCCCAUAGAAAAUCUGUGGAGGGAGCUGAAGGUUCGAGCUGCCACGUCAGGCUCGAAACCUUAAUGACUUGGAGAAGAUCUGCAAAGAGGAGUGGGACAAAAUCCCUCCUGAGAUGUGUGCAAACCUGGUGGCCAACUACAAGAAACGUCUGACCUCUGUGAUUGCCAACAAGGGUUUUGCCACCAAGUACUAAAUCAUGUUUUGCAGAGGGGUCAAAUACUUAUUUCCCUAAUUAAAAUGCAAAUCAAUUUACAACAUUUUUGACAUGCGUUUUUCUGGAUUUUUUUGUUGUUAUUCUGUCUCUCACUGUUCAAAUAAACCUACCAUUAAAAUUAUAGACUGAUCAUGUCUUUGUCAGUGGGCAAACAUACAAAAUCAGCAGGGGAUCAAAUACUUUUUUCCCUCACUGUAUAAGUUAAUAAUAAUAUCUGAUGGGGUACCACAGUUGAACUAAACUUAUAAACGCCUCAUGAGCUAUCUUCUUCAAGAAUCAAUGGGUACAUAUUAUGUACCCCAUCAGAACCCAGAAUAUAAGCUUGUUUUACUCCAAUGUUUCUAAACAAAGUAAAUGUAAACAAACACUAUAUAGCCUCAAAGCAUGGUUAAAACUAUAAUUUUGAUAUCAAUUUUGUUAUCAUGGAUGGUAAGUCCUUGCAUCCAUAGCUCUUUCUAUGAAUUUGAGUGGUUACAUUUCUCGAGCUCUAUCCCUCAGCUUUUUACAAAUUUUUUUCAACUGUUGAUUGCGGCUUUAAUGACUAGCUAGAUAAACUGGUAAGUAUGGGUUUUUAGUGAAAGUCUUAUGAGGUUAUUACUGUCUUUGUUUUCUCAGGUACCAAGGCCCACUGUUGGAGGAUGGAGCACUGGAGGCUGCAGUGAGCGGGGGAGCAGCAGCACCAGAGUUCACCAAGGUGUGUGCCUGGAUCGUCUCAGAGCUCAAGCUCUACUGUCAGCUGGAGGAGAAUGUCCAUGCCACCAACUGUGAGUCACUUUUCAUCUUAACUCAUCUCAGUGUUUGUAAAUUGAAUAAUAAAAGAAAAAGAUAGUUCCCUGAGUUGUUCUUGCACCAACUCUCCAUCUACCCCACCCAGGUCCCAGUGAGGCAGAGGGGUUCCAGCUGGAGAUGAGUGGUCUUCUGUCUGAGCUGGCCUGUCCUUACAAUGUCCUCACCACAGGAGAUGUCACCCAGAGGCUCCUCAACAAGACAAACUGCCUACUGCUCAUCAGUAUGUGAACAGCAUAAGUCAACCUUCUCUCUGUGUUGUCAGUUUCCCCAUAAUUUAUAGAAUUCAUAUUAAUACAGUAUGAUGAUUGCCGUUUGAAUGAUAUGCUCUCUCUCUCAGCCUUUCUGAUCUCGGAGCUGGAGGCCUCCAGGAUGAUCCUGGUCAACAAGCCUCAGAAGGCAGCCCAGGAGGCCGGGGGCAGUGUUGUCUUUAUGGAGCUGAAGGGAAUCUGUGUGUCCCUGGGCAUGUCCAAACCCCCAGCCAACAUCACCAUGUUCCAGUUCUUCAGUGGGAUCGAGAAGAAGGUCAGUCCAUGUCACACCAGGCUAUGGCAGAAUGCUUUUUUAUGUUAUGAUAGGUGUGUCUUUUUGUUGAAUGCAGCUAUACUUUAGCUAAGGUCUGGUUUUCUCAACAUUAAUAUUCUCUCCUUUUUUCCUCAGCUGAAAGAAGCUCUAGCCAAAGUGCCAUCAACUCAUGUUGGGGGUCCUCUGAUGAAGAAGGCACUUGGACCAGUUCACUUUGUAAUACCCUUAAAAACAAUAAAGCAAAAUACAUUUCCCACUUCAAACCAAAAUAUGUUACAACAACAAACAUUCUUAAGCAGCGUACUAUACUGUACUAUACUAUAGUUCACUGUACCCUGUAAUUAUAUCUGCAACCCUGUACAUGUGACUAUUAAACUCUCUAAUCUAAUCUACAUAUGAUCUAUUUUACAGGAAAAAAUCGAAGCCAUCAAUCAAGCACUUGUGAAUGAGUAUGAAGUCCGAAGGAAAAUGUUGUUGAAACGUCUUGACGUGACAGUUCAGUCCUUUGGUUGGUCUGACAAAGCUAAGGUGAGACCUCUGUAACUGGUUGUGGUUGUAGUCUGUUAUUCAUUUACAGCAUAUUUGCAAUCACAAUGCAUUUGUACUGUAAACAAUUGAGUACUGUAUGUAGAGACUGAUGUAUUUCUAUUGUUACACAGAAACAUGCUGAAAAGCUGGCCAAUGUAUACCCGCCUCUGCGUUCAACCCUCGCCACAAAGAGCAAAGUCUCGGUGGCUCACCUCUUUGCUGCACGAGAGGACCUCUCCAAGAUUAUGCGCACAAGUAGUGGCAGGAUAAGGGAGAGGACUGCUUGUGCCAUUAACAAGGUAGGGAGCAGAUUUGUAAUUCCGCACUUGCUAACUUUUAACGUUUAAUCUCAAUGCUACCUUGAGUGCUGCUGUCACAUUCUGUUUUUUUAUACUUAAAAUCAAGAAAAUAUUUUAAAACUAUUUAGGCUACUUCGGCUGUGCUGUCAGACAACACCCCUUGGCUUGUACACAUUCUGUUGAUUAACUAUUGGCUUUCUUUUUUGUUGUGUCUUGUUGAGCAGGUUCUGAUGGGACGCGUGCCAGACAGAGGUGGGCGACCCACUGAGAUUGAGGCGCCCCCACCAGAGAUGCCUUCCUGGCAGAAGAGGCAAGACGGUCCUCAGGGAGGUGGACACUACGGCGGGGGUGGACGAGGAGGCGUCAGGGGGGGCUACGACCAGCACUCUCAGGGGGGCCGAGGGGGUUACGAGCGAGGAGGAGGAGGGGGUUAUGAAAGGGGCGGGAGGGGUGGAGGAGGGGGCGGCAGAGGGGGCAAGGUGCAGGGAGGCUGGUCGGACGGAGGAGGAGGAGGAGGUGGUGGUGGGGGGGGUGGUGGUUACCAGGGUCAUUACCAGGAAGGAGGUGGCCACCAAGGGGGUGGGGGGAGAGGAGGUCACGGGGGUGGAAAAUUUCAAGGGGGCUUUCAGGGCCCUGGUUACCCUGCAGCAGGGCAUCAAGGGGGAGGAGGAGGGGGCGGAGGAGGAGGUGGUUACCAACACGACAACCAAAAUCAAGAAGGCGGUCGCCACCAGGACAGGGGUGGCCGAGGGGGUCGCGGGGGUAGAGGAAGAGGUGAUGGUAGGGGAAGAGGUCAGGGAGGAGGUUGGCGAGGGGGUCAGAAUUUGAACCAAGGAGGACAGUUUGAACAGUUCUUCCAGCAGGGUGGCCAGCAGUACAAUCAAGCAGGCUUUAGCCAGGGGAGCAAAAACUACACUAGUUGA